UGGCACAGCCCCACAGCCGGGCCAUCCUCCCUCCCUGGAGCCCCUGGCAGUGCCCCCAAAGGCUCCCCAUGUGGGGCUGGCACAGAGCACUGGCACAGCCCCACAGCCGGGCCAUCCUCCUCCGCUGGAGCCCCUGGGCAGUGCCCCCACUGGCCUGGGCAGCUCCCUGGGCUCCUGGGGCCUGGCUGGCAGGGCAGCAGGGACACAGGGCAGCGAGGACAGCAGCAGUGGGGAUUCCCUCAGUGCCUGGGUCAGGAGCCUCCUGAGGAGGGCUGGGCAGUCCCAGCAGCCGGGCAGUGCCCUGGGGGCGGUGCAGGGCAGCCUGCCCAGAGCUGGAGUUGCUCGGAGCCUGCCAGGAGCUGCCCUGAGCCCGGCGGGCAGCAGCAGCAGCAGCGGUGACUCGCUGGCCACGCGUGUCCGCAGCCUCCUGGGCACCACUGCCCCGGCCAGCCGUGUCCUGAAGAGCGCCGAGGAGCACGAGAGGAGGAUCCGAGCCUGGGUGAAGAUGAAACUGGCCAGCCAGUCCCAGGAGUGUGAGGCAGACUGGGAUGAAGAGCCCCAGCUCAGGAUGGAGGCAGUCAAGGCAGAGCUGCUCCCAAAGCCCAGGGAACCUGCACCAGCCAAGGAUCCCUGGCUCUGUGGUUUGGAAGCAGCUUCUGAGUACCUGAGGAAGCAGGAGCAGGACCUGGAAGGUGUGCAGGCUCCCAGGUGUCCCAGGGACAGGCAUGGACAGCUCUCCAGGACCUGGGAGCUCCUCCAGCCCCGUUCACCACCAGCAGCACCAUUCCCUAGAGCUGACCCCUGGCAUUCCUCCCUGCUGAAGGACCUGCACCUGAAACCUUGGGGUGCUGCUGAGCUGCAGGAUGUGCAGCUGAAACCUUCUGGUGUUGCUGACCUGCAGGAUGUGCAGCUGAAGCUCUACAGUGCUGCUGACCUGCAGGACAUGCAACUGAAACCUUGGGGUGCUGCUGAGCUGAAGGAUGUGCACCUGAAACGGUGGGGUGCUGCUGAGCUGCAGGACAUGCACCAGAAGCCCUGCAAUGCUGCUGAGCCACAGGAGAUGCAGCUGAAGCCCUGGAGCACUGCUGACCUAAAGGAUGUGCAGCUGAAGCUCUACAGUGCUGCUGACCUGCAGGAUGUGCACCUGAAACCUUCUGGUGCUGCUGACCUGAAAGACAUACACCUGAAGCCCUGGAACACCACUGACCUGCAGGAUGUGCAGCUGAAGCCCUGGAACACUGCUGAGCCACAGGAGAUGCAGCUGAAGCCCUGCAAUGUUGCUGACCUAAAGGACAUGCACCUGAAGCCCUGGAACACUGCUGACCUGCAGGACAUGCUCCUGAAGCCCUGCAAUGCUGCUGACCUGCAGGAGAUGCACCCAAAGCCCUGCAACACUUCUGAGCCACAGGAGAUGCAGCUGAAACCCUGCAGUGCUGCUGAGCUGCAGGAUGUGCAGCUGAAGCCCUGGAACACUGCUGAGCCACAGGAGAUGCACCCAAAGCCCUGGAACACUGCUGAGCUGCAAGUGCCCACCCAGCAGCCAGCCAUGGGGCACCCCAGUGCCAGGGCAGAGCCCUGUGCCCCUCUGGCACAGGCCCCCCGUGCAGGGAGCCCUGCAGCUGCCCCCUCUGCCCACAGGGAGCUGGGCAAGCCCAGCACCCCCCUCACCCUGUGCUCCCAGAGCCUGGCACACAGCCCCAGCCUGGCCAGCAUCCUGCUUGGGCAGCACAGGCUGGGCACAGAGCCCUGGAGGAGAUCCCACCUGGGCCCACCCAGCUCAGGGAGAUCCCACCUGGGCCCACUCAGCUCCAGGAGAUCCCACCUGGGCACAGCCAGCUCCAGGAGAUCCCCCCUGCGCACACCCAGCUCAGGGAGAUCCACCCUGGGCACACCCAGCCCCAGGAGAGCUCAGAGGGCCCAGGAGCAGCUGCACAAAGGGGUUUGCUGA